AUGGAGCCUCAAAGCAACAGCACACAAGUUUCUGUCGCAGACUACAAAAACCUCAUCCAGACAUUCCUUCGAUCUGCCUCCUUCAAACUCCCAGCCUUUGAAGGAGAUGAGCUGUUCACCCAAAAAGUCCUCUCCUUCUGCCUCUCUCAAGACCUCCCCUCCGCGUCAAUUCCUGCGACAGCAGCCACCGCCUCUGCAGCCGCCAAAUACUUCUACCCCUCCCAUCCGCCUCCAACCCAGUUCCUCCUCGCCAAGUUCCUAGCCCUGACUCUCAUCAUUGAUGAUCUUGGGGAAGAUAUCUUAGACGGUAUGAAAAACUAUCGAACGAAGUUGUUACUACGCCAACCGAUUGGAACAAAGGCUGUGCAGUCAUUGUUCGACGUCGUCUCCGAAGCUGGUGAGAUUUAUGGCGGGUGGGCAGCGGAUAUGCUCUUUAAGUCGUGUCUGGAGUAUUUGAGUGCCAACGCCCUUGAAGUCGAGCAAAAAGGCCGUCUACACCCACUGAGAAGCACUCCCAAUUUCGCAGCUUAUCUGAGAGUCAAGAGUGGAAUUGGGGAGAGUUUCGCCAUGUUGAUCUUUGAUGAAUGCAAGGAGGGUUGCGAAUAUCUAGUACUAGUCCCGGAGCUGAUGAGGUUCAUGGAAGAUGUGAAUGACAUGAUGUCGUUCUACAAAGAGUGCAUGGUUGGUGAUGAGCAAGAGAAUUCUCUCUGCCUGCAUGCGAGAUCGAAGGGGCAAAGCCUGCUCAGAUCGCUCGAAGAGUAUCGCACCUCGGCACUGGCUUGUAUGGAGAGGAUCAGAGAUCUUCUGACGGAGAAUGAGGGGUUGAGAAUGAGGGUGGAGGAGUUCAUGAUGGGGUACAUGGGUUUCCAUUAUACCGACUCGAGAUAUAGACUGGGAGAAUUGGGAUUAGACUUCGAUUAGAGCCAUUGGAACAAUUGGAACAAUUGGAACAAUAGAGCAAGAAAUGCUGCUGGGGGCGAAAAUAGCGAUGAGAUUUCCAUAAACGAAAACAAUGCAUGGCGCUGCACAAAAGCCUGCACUGUUUUGAGGAAGAAUAUCUCAAGGGACCUCAUGGACUCUACUCGCGCUUUCAAGUUUUUUCGCUAGCCUAAUUGCUAU